AAUUGCUAAGCAUCAAUGAAGAAGGAAGAUACCGAAGUUGACAGUGUCGAGGGCAGGGCAACACUUGUCGAUUUGUCAAUCUCUUGGACCCGUUACAAAAGAUCCGGGACGAGGAGGUAGAGAAUCUUGGGCCGCGAAUAUGCAAAGUCUGGCGUCGAUCGCUUCAGAAUAACGCUCGUUCUGAAAGGAGGCCGCAGGAUCUUCAAGAUGCUGCUCAAGUCACAGGGUGGAUGAGCACCAGAUCAGAGCACCAGAGCAUCAAGCGCGCGCUUCGUGCCGAAAACCCGAAGAAUUGUAGCUUCGGUGAUUUCUGCACGAGAUUUGUCCAUUUGUUUCGUUGGAAGAAUGGUAAUGGAGUGGUUGCUACCGAUUUUGGCGGUUUCGUGGGCGAUGGGCAUGAUGUUUCUGGUUCUCUUUCCUCAUUACCUUCUAAAACCUCUCCCUUUCAACACCUCAGAUUUUGAUAAGCAAAAGGUGAAAAAAUUCUUACUUCUGGUGGCGCAUCCUGAUGACGAAUGCAUGUUUUUUGGUCCAACGUUGCUAUCCUUGACCAUGCUCAGUGGAUGUGAAUUUCACGUGCUAUGCAUCUCUAACGGAAAUGCGGAUGGCCUUGGAGCUUGUCGAACGUUGGAAAUGGUGUCAUCAUGCUCUGUUUUAAAGGUCCCAGCGGAGAAUGUGAAAGUUCUUGAUCACCCAUCUUUGCAAGAUGGGCACGCCCAGCAGUGGAGCCAGCAGCUACUUGUCCAGAUCAUUGCGGAAGCUGUGCAAUCACAAUCUAUAGACUGUGUCAUAACUUUCGACAAGUAUGGAGUCUCUGGCCAUCCAAAUCAUUCUGCUUUGUCGCAUGCUCUACGUGCCUAUCUCGUCGAGAUCUCAAAAGACUUCAUCUCAACUGGAGACAUAGAAGGCUGGGAGCUCGAGAGCGUGAAUAUCGCCCGUAAAUAUUCUGGUGUGCUGGAAAUUUUUAUUUCAACUCUCAGAUGGUUGUGGAAUCGCAAGAGAGGGCAGUGUCAUUGCUUCGUAACCCCGAACCCCCUAACAAGUGUGGGUGCGAUGAAACAGCAUAAGAGUCAGUGGCUAUGGUAUUAUCCUCUCUUUCAAAAAAAUAUAAGCAGAACAGUUUGUUAGAGUUCAACAGUCUGCUAAAUUAUCAGUGAAGUCGGGUUUGCGCAGAUAUGUAGGAUAACUAUUCCUUCUGCUAUAGUGCUGAGAACUUCAAGAGGCUUGGCCUGAAGCUGACUGGAUAACGCUUCAACUUUUGCAGGUAUAGAAGGCUAUUUGUUGUUUUUGCUUCUUACACCUACGUGAACACAUUGAGGAGAAUAAUUGUGAAGAGAGAUGAAGUUCUGAAAAAGGAAGAGUAAUAGCGCACAUUGAUCUGCCCACAUCAGAGCAAUAAUUAAAGCUUAUUGCACCAGGUGACUGGCAUUUGGAGUUCUCAAACCACCUGAGCAGGGUUGAGUUCCUAGUUGAGGAGCUCUGAGAGAAGAGAAUUUUGAUUGUCAGCAGAUCUGCUCCGUGUUACAAAAGACAAGUUCUAGCCACUGAAGAACCAGAGUUGAUCGGUCUCAAUCACAUCAUGUGGAGAGCUGCUAAAUUUUACGUGAUCGAAAAAGUCUCAGCUAAAAUUUGAUGGUUGGAAGACAUCAACAUUCGUGACUUUGAACUUCUUUGUGACAAAUUCGUUGAACUCUUGAUGCGAAAGAAGGUGGACUAGCCUGAAAUCCCACGCUCUCAGAGGCAAGCUAUGUACCCACUGACAAGGAUAUGGGAUGAAUAGUUUUACUUGAAAUCAGGCCUAAUCACAGCAGGAGAAAAAUGUUUCACACAACGAAGACGUGUUGUGCAGUUUGAUUCAGAUAGCCAUCUGAUUACGCUUAAAUUUCUAGCGUUCAAAGUGAAGAUAUUUUUCUUCUCCCUUUCCGCGAUCCCAUUGGAUGUUAUCGUCUCAGGCCAUGUUCAAAGAAACUGUCGAUACAAAGCUCGGAUAUUUGCCGCUCCCAGUCGUAUGCGUCCGUGCGCCUAGAAUGGCACUACAGUAGGUUGUCCAUUUUCGUCGUGUUUGUAGAAAAAAUGAGCGACGUAUGUCUUGGUCUUGCUCCAUCCCAGUCACCGAUGUCACAGGGAUGGUAGCCUAACCCAUCACCUUCUUUCAGAAGGGAUGCCAAUGAGGAGUGCGAGCACCUUGUGGGGAGAUUUUCUCCUAGCUCUUCAUCCCAGACAGCCAGUCCAGAAGAGUUUCAGUUCUCCAGACGAGGAAGCCCUGGGGAAGGUAGAACAGCCGGAUUUGUAAGAAGUUAUGUAUUCGUCAAAUAAUAUUAUAUCUUGA